AUGGCUGACCCAAAGGCUCUGGAUCCCGAGGCGGCUGAAGAGGAGUUUGAUGAGGAUAUCCUCACGGACGAGGAUGAAAUAAGCCUCCCUACCCAUGGACUCUCCUGUCCAAACAAUGCGUCGGACGAUAUGCGAGAACAGCUGGCCAACCUACAGGAUUCAGAAGAAGACUCGUCAACACCUAAAGCCCCUAGCCGGCGACGGUUCUUCACAACUCUUCUACGAGCCCGGUUUCAGCGGGUUAUUUGUGAUGAGGGCCAUCGGGUCAAGACCAUCUCGUCUAGACAGCAUCAGUCCGUGUCAAAGCUCUCGAGGAAAGCCACGUGGUUCUUGACGGCUACCCCUAUGUGGAAUAAACCGCUUGACUUCUGUGGCCAGAACCAGUGCUUGACUGACGUGAACGACUACCGCAUGUGGUCUGAGAAGCUUGAACUUCCAACAGCUGACCUCCCAUACAACCUGCUAUCCCCAGCUGGCCUCCUUUCACUUAGCCAGAAUGGGCAUUUAACUAGUCAGAUUGGGUUUGACUGCCUACCAAUUAUCUUACGUCUAACCUGCUUAUGUCGCGAGCCUGGGCAUACUAUGGUGGGUGAUAAUGGGGCCACUAUUGAGAUCGGCGGGGAUAUCCCUCCCUUAGCGGUUACAACAGUCGAAUUACGCUAUACAUGCACUACCCAAGUGAGCCAUGACCAGACCUUCCAUCGGAUGGUUGGCGAGCUCUACGAGGGAGCUGCAGAGGAUAUCCGACAUGGUGAGACCAUAGUAGCCAUCAACUGGGCUACGUUUAGGCAGCUCUGCCAUCUCGCCGUGAAUCCUAAACUGGAUGUGUUCCUGCGCCGGUCAUCGAGCCGAGUCCUGUCUGCGGACAUUAACGCAUUCGGUGAUAGUGGCGAUGAUCGCGGCUUUGGCCUGCUUUCUCUCGGACUGUGGAGGACCGUGCAACAGACAUUCCAACAAAUCGGGCGGCUGUCGCCCGUUAUCUUGCCCACGACUGUCCACGCCUCCGGUUCCUUUUGCACCUUCUUUGGACUGAGGGCACGCUGGCUGAGUCUGGUGUACGCCCCCGGUUCCUGGUCUACUGCAAUUGGCCCUUUACUCGCUGGCUACUCGAGAUGUUCCUAG